UGCAGGAUUAUUCUUGACCACAUUGAGACUGUACUUGUGUAGAUGUGCGUUUUCCCAUUGUCUCCUUCUGGAUUGCAGCAAUUUCAACUUGAAGCCAUUGCAGUGUACCGAAUGGCCUGAUGUCAUGUGUGUGUUCCCAAGCGCUAAAGUGCUUAUCAAUGGAUCAUGUGACUCUAAUCCCACCCCUGGUUUCCUCCCCUGCUAUUUGUACAAUACACUUGUGAAACACCACACAUCUACCUGACGCAGCAAAAUGAAGGAGGAAAGGCGGCGCAGUCGAGAUGAUGACGUGGUCUAUUUUUCCAAGAAGAAACGUACAGAGGAUGCAACUUUACAAGUCAACCCUCCUGGCCCAAAAUCUAGGGGUCACGUACCCAUGUCUGAACGUCAACAAUUCGCACUCUUGAGGCAGAUGGAGUUUGAGGAUGGCUCAGACAGAGGUCAGCCCUCUCUUCCUGCCGGUUCCAUCUUGCAUGGUGACUGGGCACUGUCAAGCGGCCACGCGUAUCUCCAUACGGACGGCGAUGGUGCCACACCGGAUCCAUACAAAUCAUUGGGCACUCAUGAGCAGCUGACUGACACUCGGAGAUUGGAAUCAGGCACGUCCCCUUCCGGUCCACCACAUCGCAGUUCAAUCCGCGAACGUCCCCCGAUGUCCACCUAUGCUCAUACGGCCGCGAAGUUCGCUCCGACCGUUCGUUCGAAACUGUUCCAGUUGACAAAAUUGAAUGAUCUCGAUUCUUUGAAGCAGGUGGUUAAAGAUGGGGUAAACAUCAAUGAGCAAGAUGAGCGAGGAAGAACCGCUCUGCACGAGUUUAGUGCACAAAACCUACCGCGUUCCGUCGCCUACCUGUUGAGACACGGAGCGCAGCCAAACUUAGCAUCGCUAGACGGCGACACUGCUUUGCAUGAGGCAGCCCGCGCUGGUUUCGUACGCGUCAUUCGCACGUUACUCCGCCAUGGUGCCGAUCCUCUUGUUCACAACAACCACGGCGAGCGCCCGUUGGAUGUUUGUCAUGAUGCUGAAGCAUUAGCUCUUUUAAAUCAGCACGCGGAUAUUCACCGUUCGCAUUCCGCCAUGACUUCGGUGAAGUCGAUCAACUCUAGUAAAUCGCAGCGUCAUCAUCACGGUCAUCUUACCACGGGCGAUCAAUCUUCACGGCCUCCAUCCUGCACCGUCAUGUACCCAGGAGUCCACGAAUCGUAUGCCUAUGUCAAAAGCUGUAGCACCACGACCACACCGGAUUGCUUUUCGGAUUCGGAUGACACGUGUUCAGGCUCUGGCAUCGCAUCCGCAUCUGCGGGCACUUCGGCCUCUGCACCUGCUCCUCACUGUUCUAACGAUCAUACGGCUACACCCAGCGUCACCACAUCCAGCACCCAUAUGACUGUCAGUCCGGGACAAAAAGGGUCGUUCGGCGAGCCGCACUUGCUGAUUUCAUGCAAACCAGCAAAGAAAGACCCGUACGCAUUUGAGGACGAAACAGACGAGUCUCCCGAGCCUGGUGCAUCGCUUCAUUCCGCUUCCUCGACGGUGAACACAGGAAAAUCUGCUAGCCCCAACGCCAGAUCUCGUUCGUUUGGUUCCGCCUCCGUCUCUUCUUGUGGAUUGGGUCUCUCCACCGCCACCACCAGCACCUCCGUCUCACUGAAUACCAAUCCCCCAACUUUCGUUCUUUGCUCUUCGCAGCCUUCCUGUGACCUUAACGUCCUUACAGCAGCCGUUGGACAGAAUGGCCCUCCACUUCGACUACGUUUUGCCAAGGAGGCUGGUCAGUACACUCUGAUGGAGAAUCAGCAAGGCACCAUCACUUCCGAGGGAGAUUACAUCAAUGACAACGGUGCACAGCUACCGACGUCAUUCGAGCGUAAGGCAAUGGAAGUGGAACACACUACCACACUUUUGUCCCCGGAAGAUGCUUCCACACAAGGAACCAGUAGCGUUGUGGUAGAUGUCGCGGAUAGCUCCGAAAUUGACGGCUCUUCUGCCACUCAGACUGCAUUAGAUCAAGAGAUCCCCUCCAUGGAUUUUAACUCGGAUGACGGAUGUUCUUCACAAAAGGUACCUCCAUUGCGUAUCAAAUUUGCUCCUGGUGUUUCAUGUGAUCCAGAAUCCAUUGGGACUGCUGCCACGGCGGCGAGCGAUGAUUCCAAACUCUCCUCGCACCUGCUGCCUACAGAUGACGUCAACCCAAACUCGGAGGAUGUUUUAUCCUCUGGUGAGAAAAAACCGGUCAUCACCACGAGCUCUCUUGAGAUUGCGCCACCUGCUUCAGCUACAAUUAGUAUGAGUUAUGCGAAGAUUGAGGAAGAUGAGUUUAAUGCCAGUAUGGCCACUUCUCGUGAUGGUGGCGUAUUGUCGAGCGAUUUAUGUGAUACUCUCGGAGAUCCGGUUUCCGCCCCCGGUCCACAGUCGCAAUCGCAACUCUCGGAGUACUUCGCGGAGUCUCAGAUCAACUCUACGACAGAAGGAACUGCAAAAAUAAGUAAGGAUCUUCGGCAUCGUGGUGGCCGAACGUUGCGAUCACACACUGCAGCUCAGCGGGAACGCGAGGAGAAGGAACGGCACGCGAACGUCACACCGAUAAAGAAACGGAAAUUGAGAUCUCGAAAUGAAGGCAACGCUGACGCAGCGGUCUCAUCGGCACAGUCUAUUCAACAACACCGAAACAGUUACUCCGUUUCCACCACCUCUUCCGCCACCGGGACAAGCACAAGCCCCAUGGUGACUUGCGGGAAUGGGGAACGCUCCGAUAUCCCAGAAACCACUGGUCCAGUCACAGUAUUGCUUAUCAAGCCUGAUCCUGGCUUUCACGAAGUUGAUUCGACACUCAAAGUGGAAUCAGUGUCCCCAUCCGUCGGAACCAGGGUGGACAACAAUGUGUCCAGCCCCUGCAUGAGAGCGUCUCCUGAGGCUGAUGAUAGAAUCUAUAUGAUAGAUACAAAAUCUAAGUUAGCGACAGGAUCGUCGUCACCUGCACCACCACCCGUUGUUCAGGCCAAAUUGGAAGUCACUCCCGAUGAAUCUCAGAAACCCGAAGCAUUGAGUAUUCUUACUUGUCCGGCAAGUUUAGACGAUGACAAACGUUUCCCUCAAUUGCUUGAAUUUGAGAACCCAUAUGAGAAGGCCGCUGCUUUGCAAAAGAAGUUACGCGAAUUGGUCAACAGUCUGGUAGAAGUUCAUCCGAAAGCUCCGUCAGCCUAUGAACAGUACCUGCUAGUGUCGCGGAAUUAUUUACUCGCUUAUGAGACCCCAUCACUCACGAAGAAGCUUCCUCCACCGGACCUGAACCCUGUGCUUGCAAGUCUGUUUACCGAGCAAGAGGAAGAGCGAUAUGCUCAGGCGUUAAAGCACCAAUCCGAACGGGAACACCUUAGAUUAUGUGCAGAGCAAGCCCGUCUGCGUGCUCAAACUCGGGCUGCUUUGGCCAACUUGUCUAAACCGCUAUCUUUCUGCUCCGUUUUGGGUUACACUGACCUAACCUACGUUCCGGCCGUGCCGAAAGCAGAACAACGCGAUGAAGAAUGUGCACGCGAUCGUUUCACUCAGCGUACAUUUAUUGGCUGGUUGGAAGACAUCCGAGACUCUUUCCAGGGGGAGAAGAAAAAACUGUUAUGCCGCCAACUGCACGAGGCCGAGUCACUCAUGAUGGUGCAACGUUUGGAUUGGGAGAUCAAAUUGAAAGGAUGUCAUAUGCGUGACUACAGUUCCGAUGUGUUCCGCAAUAUCCCACCGAACCACGUGCCACUGAUUCAUGUGCCCAGCGACUUCCCACUGUUCCCCAACGACCCUGUCCUGCCAAGUGCUCUAGUCUGA